AUGUACAAACAAUUGGAAGGUUGUAAUAUCAAAAAUAUUUUACAAAACCCUGUCAAGAUCCACGACAAGGAGUUUGUAUUUUUGUGUUGCAAUGCCACAGGUGCCCUCAAGCACAAGUAUGUCUAUGCCAAUCGAUCUAUAAUGCAGUCUAUUUGUGAAUGGGCUUUUAAAGAUGAUACAUUCAAUGCGAACAAGGUAUUUAAUAUGGACAAACCAAUGACACUUCCUUUAAGAAUAAGCUUAUUGAACUCUUUAGGUAUUCGAACUGUCAACCAUUUGAAGUUCAAGGUGAUCCCAGAUAUCAUUGAAGAACAUGCAAACCAUACUGAUGGAUCUGGCAUUAUUUUGAGUGAGAAUGUUGUUCGAAAAAUCAUCGAAGCAUACAAGAAAAACUUUUUUACUACAGGUUAUCCAGUUGGAAUCAACACAAGCGAAGAAAUUAUUAACACAAGUACAAAGAGAUUGAUUUUUCUACCAAUUACAAACAUCCGAAAAGGUUGUCCCAUGACUUGCCAGAUCUCUCUUCAGAGUAUCCAAAUUACAUUCCUUGUGUAUUUCAAAUUCGAUUUAGAGGAUUCAAAGGAAUGCUAA